ACGAGCGAGAAGGCUCGUCAGGUGGAUCAUCUUAACAUUCUUCAUCUGCUUUCACUCACCGGCAGCUUAGGGGUUUUUCUUUAUUAUUUGUGGUUUCCCUACAUUCGUUGCUCUCUAACUUAUUCCCACGAUCCUUCAAGGUGAGGAAGGAAAAAGAGAAAGACGCGGACACGAGGCGCCGGGAAGAGAGGAGGCUGAAAGGAAUCCCCAAUACAUUACGUCACCCUCCAAUAGUCAAAACAAAUUACUCGAACCCCUGAGGUUAAUUCUUCCGGACUCGUUCAAAGCCAUCACUACUUACUUCACGCUCGUAAUAUCACACACCAUAUUGCAUCAACGCCGAUAGAACACCCUACAGAUGCCGGCCCUCUCGUCCUCUCUGGCCGAGAACCGGCUUCACCCCUCGGCUCAAACUCACCAAACAAUCGCUACUGUACUUGUAUCGACUGAGGGUUAUUCCGACAACGGCGCCUAUGGGAAACGAAAAUCAGAGGUAUUGGGUUCCGGACCUGGUGGCGUAGAACCUAUCAGUGCAUUCGAGGUAUCUAAGGGCAAGAGACUGUUACAAGUUGGACUGGCGAUUGUCUACUGCCUUUUUGCCGCUGGUAUAGUGUUCGGGUAUGCCGCGUUGAAGCCCAUCAUGAUCAAGGAGGGAAUUUAUCAGGAUAAAUGCACUGGGGAGGAGAUCGAGAAGGGUUUGAGGGUCUGUUACGAGCAAGAGAUACGAUUAAAUUUCAUGUUUACUCUCGCAGCGGUGGCUACGAAUGUUUGUGCAUUGCUGGUUGGAACAAUAUUGGACCAGUAUGGACCUGGGGUCUCUGGUAUCAUCGGAUCGAUACUCUUUGCUCUCGGAUGCUUGGGUUUUUCAUUCGCCAAGCAGAUACGUAAUUUUGAUCCCUACCCAAUAUCCUAUCUCCUUUUAGCUCUUGGUGGCCCGUUCAUAUUUAUCUCCUCUUUCCACCUCUCGAAUGCCUUCCCACCGCACUCGGGCUUGAUUCUCUCGAUGCUCACAGGAGCUUUCGAUUCCUCCAGCGCCGUGUUCCUCCUCUAUCGGCUCCUAUACGAACACACCCAUGGGAAACUCACCUUAAGCGCCUGGUUUACGGCUUACCUAAUCGUACCUGCGACAAUCCUGACUCUUCAACUAACCCUUAUGCCCUCAGGGAGCUACAAGACCGUCGGUGAACUCGUCUGCCAAGCCGAAGUUGAAGAAGAACUCCUUCACGAAGACCAUGCUACCGGAGACUACGUAGAAGGCGACAACGACGUCCUCCACCUCCACCACGAGAGUCGCUCGAGCCUAAUCCACGAAAUUGACUCACUCCUCGGGGGGAAAGAUGCGAAAGCAACGCAUGAUAGGAAACUCGAAGAAUCCCAUGAGAGCAGCGGCGUCUGGGGCGCUAUGCACGGAAUGCCUAUAAAUCGGCAAAUCUGUAGUUGGUGGUUCGUACUCAUCGCACUCUUCACUGUGAUCCAAAUGACCAGAAUCAACUACUUUGUCGCGACCAUCCGCCCACAAUAUGAAUUCCUCCUCGGAAGCUACCGCCGUGCUGUAGAAGUCAACGAAUUCUUUGACCUCGCCUUGCCGGUCGGUGGCAUCCUCGCAGCGCCUUUAAUCGGCUACUUACUGGACCGAUAUUCCACCUUCAUAAUACUUCAAAUCCUCGUCGUUCUCGCUGCCAUAAUCGGCAGUCUCGGAAUCGUCAAGGACUCCUACCCUGUCGCCAUAGCUGGGAUAAUCGGUUUUGUGGCUUACCGUCCAUUCUACUACACCGCCGUAUCGGACUAUGCAGCUAAAGUCUUUGGCUUUGAGACCUUUGGAAAAGUAUAUGGACUCAUCAUUUGCCUUGCUGGCCUUUUGAACUUGUCGCAGACUGGCCUGGAUGCGCUCACGUUGAGAGCCUUCCAGAAGGAUCCCCGGCCCGUGAAUUUGGGGCUUCUGACAGCGAGCGUAGUUGUGGGGUGUGCACUUGUUGGGUAUGUCUGGAGGAGUGGCAGGAGGAUCAAGAGGUUUAGGCUCGGGAUUGAGGCCGAGGGGGCCAGGGAGGAGAUUAUGCCUGGAGGAAGCUUAAGUGGGUAUGGAGGAGUCUAAAAGUUGGCGAAGGAGGAAAAAGUAUAUAUUGAUGUUCAUGAGCGACGCUUAUCACGGUUACGCCCCUUUCCUCCCUCUGUUUUUCCUUCUGCAUGUGUCGAAAUACUUUAAGCUCAUGAAUCUGGUCGGCGACAUAUCCGGCGCGUUUGGUCUGCUAUUUUUUCUCAUUCUUUUGCAAGGCAUUGCACUCCACUUUUUUGUUACUUUAGCGGGUAUACCAUACCAGGUUGGGUCAGUUCAUUGGUCUGUUCUGUGCUCGAGCACCUGAGCAUAGUCUUGGAAAACAAAAUGAAGUGCACGGAACAUCAGUCGGCAAAACAAACCAUUACGGUACCAGUACUAGUACUCGUACAUGCACCCACAUUCACCACUCUAUCACCUACCUAUCCAUAACCGCAACACUCGAAGCGCAGUAACCAGUACCGAGCUUUACAUGACAUGCUGUCGCGAACUCAACGACAUUGUAUUGUAACUCGUGCCGUACCAAACUAAACCUCCGUUUGUCGCUCAUUCCUCGCGGCAUCUGCCGAAUACUGUGCUAGUACUGUACUGUACUACCGGGAGUAACACCGCGCAAACGGCAAGCGUGCAUAUAUGCAUGGAAGCGCAGCACUCGAGCACACUACGGUACUCGUACAUCUUUCUUCCUCCACUGGGCUCAACUCGACUCGACCCGCAAAAGGUAUGCGCCUUCCCGACAUUCUCCCCGCUGUGCAUACAAAUACUGUACUCCAUCAUACCACAGCGGGAGAGGUUCACCGUACUGUAUGAUAAUUAUUAUGAUAUGAUAUGAUGCGACACGA